AAAAUUUCUAUCCAUCCCCCUUUUUCUCCAAAAAAUAAAAAAAAACAAAGAGAUGGCGGAAGAAGAGACGAACGGCGGUGCGGCGGCCGGAGAGUUUUACCUGCGGUACUAUGUAGGACACAAAGGUAAGUUCGGUCACGAGUUUUUGGAAUUCGAGUUCAGGCCUGACGGAAAGCUGCGUUACGCCAAUAACUCAAACUACAAAAACGAUACUAUGAUCCGUAAAGAGGUUUUCCUCACUCCUUCUGUUCUCAAAGAAUGCCGCCGCAUCGUCUCCGAUUCCGAGAUUAUGAAGGAAGAUGAUAACAACUGGCCAGAGCCUGAUCGUGUGGGACGACAAGAGCUCGAGAUUGUGAUGGGAAAUGAGCACAUUUCUUUUACUACUUCAAAGAUUGGUUCACUCAUGGAUGUGCAGACCAGUAAAGACCCUGAAGGCCUUAGAAUCUUCUAUUACCUUGUUCAGGAUUUGAAGUGUUUUGUGUUCUCGCUGAUCUCGCUUCACUUCAAGAUCAAGCCAAUCUAAGGAACUACAAUGGUUUUGGCGGUACUUGCUGGAUUGCCGAAGAUGAUGUUUUAUGUAGUUCAAGUUUGUACGAAUAUGGCGGAGCUAACUUUGGUGCUGAACAUUUAUGUCAGCUUGGAUUUGGGUUGUCUUUUACUAUUGUCUUUUGUUUAGGUGGUAAUUGAUAUUUGAUUGAAAGUUAAAUUUAACGCGUGACAAGUAAAAUUGCCUUGAGAUAUAUUGCUGUCGAGGUUGCUUUGCAUGCCUUAAUUGGAAAUUUGAACUUUUGGUCUGUCGAGUUAGGAAUAUAUGUUUGUCUGUUUUUCUUCCUUUCAUACGCUGUCAGUGUUUUGUUUACAAUGUAAGAUAAGACGACUUACAUUC